AUGUCUGAGCCGAGACCAUCGAAUGAGAAUGACUCUGCGCAGACUCCCACGACACCUCUCCGCAGAGAACGAGCCCCAACGAUAACGAUAGACACGUCGGCCAUCUCGGACCAGAACCUCUCCCGUGCUCAGGUUGAAGCUCCGUCGCAGACUUCACGUUCUACCAACCAUGUUGAUCAUACAGAGACCAGCGCACUUUUGAAUGGCAAUGCUGUUUCUCCGUCCGACACCCGUUCAGUUGCAUCGAUACGUUCGUACGGUUCGUCAGAAGGCAGGGAGCACGAUAGCCGGCCGACCUCGCCAUCACCUCACCAUGUGGUAUCGCCUAGCUCGAAGAUGACGGACUCUAUGCUUCAUUCUAACUACCUCGCCGUGCCAGGAGCUAGGUCGCGUGGAAACUCGCUUGAGUCUGACGAUUCCAUACAAUCUAAUGGAGCCGAAUCACAUUCAAAUCAUAAUGGGAAUGCGUCGCCUGCAGCAUCUGCAGAUAAUACCAUCGGAAACUACGAGGAGGCUCUUCAGCCAGAUCCGGGCAGGGAGGCGGAAUUCGAAGUCGAAAACAACAACUUUGCCUUCUCCCCGGGGCAGCUGAAUAAGCUGUUGAACCCCAAGAACCUUGGCGCCUUCUACGCCCUUGGCGGCCUCGCUGGUCUUGCGAAGGGCCUGCGAACCGAUUUGCGCAGCGGGCUGAGCUUGGAUGAAAAGGAGCUGGAAGGGUAUAUAAGUUUCGAUGACGCAACAGCACCAAGUAGCGCCGAAUCUUUGCCUAAGCCUGCCGCCGAAGACGAGCCCCCAAGGCCACCCCGAGCCGAUACCACGACUCCCCAUAAACAGGACGAGAACUCCUACUCGGAUCGUAAGCGCAUAUACGGAUCCAACAAGCUGCCGGAGAAAAAGACCAAGUCAAUCUUCGAACUAGCGUGGCUCGCGUACAAUGACAAAGUGCUCAUUUUGUUGACGGUGGCUGCCAUUAUCUCGCUUGCGCUAGGAAUCUACCAGUCUCUAACAGCGGAGCCUGGCGAGCCGCGGGUUCAAUGGGUCGAGGGUGUCGCUAUCAUUGUAGCCAUCUUAAUUGUUGUGGUUGUUGGAGCAGCCAACGAUUGGCAGAAGGAACGUCAAUUUGUAAAACUAAACAAAAAGAAGGAGGAUCGAAUGGUCAAGAUCGUCCGCUCCGGGAAGGUGGCCGAGAUUUCUGUCCACGAUAUUCUUGUUGGCGAUGUUAUGCACCUGGAACCUGGUGACCUUGUGCCAGUGGAUGGCAUCUAUAUCGGAGGUCAUAACGUCAAAUGUGACGAAUCUUCUGCUACAGGUGAAUCAGACGUACUUCAUAAAUCACCUGCACAGGAUGUUUAUGGAAUUAUUGAACGGCGUGAGAAUCUCGCCAAACAGGACCCGUUCAUCGUAUCUGGUGCCAAGGUAUCGGAGGGUGUUGGACAGUUUUUGGUUACUGCAGUUGGAGUGAACUCUACUUAUGGCAAGACAAUGAUGUCUCUUCAAGAUGAGGGCCAAACCACGCCAUUGCAGACGAAGUUGAAUGUCCUCGCGGAAUACAUUGCGAAGCUCGGCCUGGCUGCUGGUUUGCUGCUAUUUGUUGUCUUGUUCAUCAAGUUCCUUGCCCAGUUGAAAGGCUUGGGUAGCGCCUAUGAUAAAGGCCAGGCUUUUCUACAAAUUUUCAUCGUGGCCGUGACUGUUAUUGUUGUUGCAGUUCCGGAAGGUUUACCGCUGGCUGUGACGCUCGCGCUUGCAUUCGCUACAACACGUAUGCUGAAGGACAACAACCUGGUUCGCUUGCUAAGAGCCUGUGAAACAAUGGGCAACGCAACCACCAUUUGCUCAGACAAGACCGGCACACUAACGGAAAACAAGAUGACCGCCGUGGCUGCGACUCUGGGAACUAGCACUAAAUUUGGAGGGAAAUCCCAAACAUCCUCCACGCCUGCGUCCGAGAACAACGGCCAGACUCCCGAUUCUGGAAACGUAUUAUCUCCUUCGGAGUUUGUGUCAAGUCUUUCGCAACCCGUCAAAAAGCUUCUCGUCGACUCGAUCGUACUAAACUCGACUGCAUUUGAAGGAGAACAAGACGGAGCCAUGACCUUUAUAGGGUCAAAGACCGAGACUGCUCUCCUAGGAUUCGCUCGGACAUACCUGGGACUGGGAUCGCUCAGCGAAGCAAGGGAUAAUGCUACUGUUGCUCAAAUGGAGCCUUUUGAUUCGGGCCGAAAAUGUAUGGCAAUUGUGAUAAAAAUGGACAACGGAAAGUAUCGAAUGCUAGUCAAAGGCGCUUCGGAGAUUUUGCUGGCUAAAUCGACAAGGGUAAUUCGCGACCCUUCUCGAGACCUUGAGGAAGGACCACUAGAUCAGGACGAUCGUUCUAAGCUUGAAAACACCAUCAACAACUACGCCACUCAGUCCUUGAGAGCCAUCAGUCUGGUUUACCGCGACUUUACUGAGUGGCCUCCCAGGGGGGCUCCCACUCAGGAAGACAACCGUUCGCUUGCAGUGUUCGACCAUAUUUUCAAGGAUAUGGUUAUGUUUGGUGUUUGGGGUAUCCAAGACCCUCUCCGAGCCGGAGUGACGGAAUCAGUCAAGCAGUGUCAGCGUGCUGGUGUCUUUGUGCGCAUGGUCACUGGUGACAACAUUAUUACCGCCAAGUCAAUUGCACAAGAGUGUGGGAUCUUCACUGCCGGGGGUGUUGCAAUUGAAGGACCCCAGUUCCGAAAACUAAGCAGCCGCCAAAUGGCACAAAUCAUUCCACGACUUCAAGUCCUUGCUAGAUCGAGUCCCGAUGACAAGAAAAUCCUUGUUUCUCAGCUGAAGAAACUAGGCGAGACAGUUGCAGUGACUGGUGAUGGUACAAAUGAUGCCCAAGCUUUGAAGACAGCAGAUGUUGGGUUUUCCAUGGGAAUUGCAGGAACUGAGGUUGCUAAGGAAGCAUCGGACAUCAUCCUGAUGGAUGAUAAUUUUGCUUCUAUUGUGAAGGCUAUGGCUUGGGGUAGGACUGUCAACGAUGCGGUGAAGAAGUUUUUGCAGUUCCAAAUUACAGUCAACAUCACUGCCGUCCUCCUCACUUUCGUCUCCGCCGUAGCUAAUGAUAAUGAGGAGUCAGUGUUGACAACAGUUCAGCUUUUGUGGGUCAACUUGAUUAUGGAUACCUUUGCUGCGCUUGCCCUUGCAACUGAUCCCCCAUCACCUUACAUUCUCAACCGUCGUCCUGAACCGAAGUCCGCACCUCUCAUCACCUUAACCAUGUGGAAGAUGAUCAUCGGACAAAGCAUCUACCAGCUGGUUAUCACGUUCAUUCUGAAUUUCGCUGGAAGAUCUCUUUUAAGGUCCAUAAUCGACUUUUCCGACGACGAUGCAGAAGAACUUCUCACAACAGUGGUGUUUAAUACCUUUGUCUGGAUGCAAAUCUUCAAUCAAUGGAACUCUCGUCGCUUAGAUAAUGGGCUCAAUAUUUUCGAUGGGCUUCUCCGCAAUCAGUGGUUUAUCGGUAUCCAAUUCAUCAUUGUUGGUGGUCAGAUUUUGAUCAUUUUCGUUGGUGGACAUGCCUUUUCCGUUGCUCGCCUUAAUGGAGGACAAUGGGCAGUCUGUCUCAUCCUCGGUUUAAUAUCGCUCCCGGUUGCUGUGAUAAUUCGACUGAUUCCGGACGAAUUCAUUCGCAAGCUCGUUCCGUCAUUCCAUUGGCGUAAGAAGCGCCCAGAGCUCGUUGUAUCUGAUGAAGACCGCCCACGAUUUGAAUGGAACCCAGCCCUAGAGGAAAUCCGCGACCAGCUUACAUUCUUCAAACAGCUCCGGGGCGGCCGACUGAAGAACCUUGCGCACAAGUUACAGCAUCCGGAAGAGUUCCUGCCACGAUCACGCAGCGGCUCAAGGUCGCGAGAGAACUCGGUCCCAGGGACCCCUGUGGGAGGAGACAGUACUGACGGCAGUCCACCACUUCCUGCUACUCCCGAAUCCCGGUCAAGAAAGCGUACACGGUCCCGCUCAAAUUCAAUAUUCAGUCCAGCUGCUGCAAUGGCGGGCGUGGUCGCCGGUAGUAUUGCCGGCUGGUCUCCGAUUGAGAGGCCAGCAGAAGGAGAGCCAUUAAAAUUCGACUUGAACAGCAGCGGAGGGCUGAAUACGCAACCGGGGAUUGAAGUACAUCCUGAUACUGCGCCAGAUGUCAACAUUGUCGGCGACUACCAGCCCACAUCGACAACCCCCCCAAGCCAGAACCCAGAUCUCAUUCCUUACUUUGAAGAUGCACCACCCGCUCGCGAAUCAUCCAACCGCAGUAGACGAUCCAGGUCUCGAUCUAGCCAAGGCCGAGUUUAA